UAAAUGCUAUCUCUCUGCACUGACAGGAGGAGGAAAAGAAAAUGGACCACAGUCCAAAAAUCAUAGCCCAAAUUACGUCACUUUGGCAGCCUGAUUGAAGUCAGAUAUUAACCUCUUUCAAACACCAAUCAGAAUAGGAAGUAUUCAAAGUGGGCAGACAUGAAAAUAUUUUGGAAAGGAAAGGACUUUGAAAUCUCUAGGAUCUAAAGAGACUAAUGGAUUAAAAGUAUUUCAAGAUUCCUUGCUCUGGCUUUCCUGACUGUCAAAAAUGAGUAAAAGAGAGAUAAGUAUAUGUCAGCAAACUCGGGCCCUUCUGUAUAAGAAUGUCCUUAAAAAAUGGAGGAUGAAAAGAGAAAGCUUAUGGGAAUGUCUCAUCUCUUCAUUUUUAGUUCUUCAUUUGUACGUACUUUCAUCGAUUUUUGGUAAUCCUCAUUUUCCUGGACUGCCUUCUAUGGACCUUGGACGCAUAGAUACAUUUAAUGAUUCUGACUUUGUGGUUGUAUAUACACCCAUCUCUAAAACAACCCAACAGAUAAUUGAUAAAAUAGCAUCAACUCCUUUUAUGAAAGGAGUAAAAACAUUUGGAACCCUAGAUCAAGAAGCCUUAGAUGUAAUAAUUGAACAAAACAGGACUGAAAUUGUGGGGAUCAUCUUUCAUGAUACUUUCUCAUAUGAAUUGAAGUUUCUUUGGGGAUACAGAACUCCAAUUCUUAAGGAACUCAAAGAAAACACAGCUCAUUGCUAUGAAUAUUAUGAUGGCUUCAGAUGUUCACUUGAAAAAUAUUGGAGAAAUGGUUUUGUUGCAUUUCAAGCUGCCUUGAAUGCUGCCAUUAUAGAAAUCACAACAAACCAUUCGGUGAUGGAUAAAAUGAUGGCAGUUACUGGAAUAAAAAUGAAGACACUACCUUUCAUUUAUAAAGGGGAAAUUUUGAAUGAGUUCAUUAUUUUCUUCUACAUAAUUUCAUUCACUCCAUUGAUAUGUUCUGCGUCACUCAAUGUUACAAGAGAGAGGAAAAAAGCCAAGGAAUGGAUGAAAAUGAUGGGUCUUCAAGAUUCAGCAUUCUGGCUUUCCUGGGGUAUGCUGUAUUCUGGCUUAAUUUUUAUUAUGGCCACCUGUAUGGCCCUUACUGUAAGAGGUUUCCAACUUGUAAUCACCACUGGCUACUUUGUGACAUUCACUCUGUUCUUUCUCUAUGGUCUCUCCUCGAUAGCUUUGACUUUCUUGCUGAGUGUUUUGAUAAAGAAACCUGUCCUUACUGGCACAAUUGCACUCCUCCUUACUGUUUUUUGGGGGAGUUUGGGAUUUGCUUCAUUGCACAGACAACUUCCUGAAUCUUUGGAAUGGAUUUUGUGUCUCCUGAAUCCCUUUGCCUUUACUCAUGGAAUGAUCCAGAUCAUGUGGUUGGAUUAUGACAUGAAAGGUGUUACUUUCCAUGAUCCCACAGGGAGAUCACAUGUGUUAAUAGCAACAAUUUUUAUGCUGGUUUUUGACACUAUCCUGUAUUUGACACUGACGAUGUAUUUCGACAAAAUAUUACCAAAUGAAUAUGGAUACCGGUAUUCUCCCCUGUUUUUUCUAAAGUCCCGACGUCAACACCACAAAGUUCUAGAGAAUGAGACCAGCCCUGAAUAUUAUUCUGACUCUUUUGAACCAGUAUCUCCAGAAUUCCAUGGGAAAGAAGCUAUCAGAAUCAGAAACAUCAGAAAAGAAUAUAAAGGGAAGACUGAGAAAGUGGAAGCUUUGAAAGGUUUACAAUUGGACGUCUAUGAAGGCCAGAUCACUGCAAUACUUGGUCACAAUGGAGCAGGAAAGUCAACACUUCUAAAUAUCCUUAGUGGACUGGUUGUUCCAACAGAAGGCUCAAUUACCAUCUAUAAUGACAAACUCUCAGACAAGGCUGAUUUGAAAGAAAUCAGAAAGAUAAUUGGUGUUUGUCCACAAUUCAAUGUACACUUUGACUUCCUUACCUUGAAGGAAAAUCUAAAGCUAUUUGCUGAAAUUAAAGGGAUUCAGCCUCAGAAGGUGGAACAAGAGGUACAAAAAGUUGUUAUGGAAUUGGAAAUGAAAAACAUUCAAGAUACCAUUGCAGAAAACCUAAAUGGUGGACAAAAAAGGAAGCUGACCUUUGCGAUUGCCAUUUUAGGAGAUCCUCAAAUUUUAUUGUUGGAUGAACCAGCUGCUGGAUUGGAUCCCUUUUCAAGACAUCAAGUGUGGCACCUCCUAAAAGAACGUAAAUCAGAAAGAGUAAUCCUCUUUAGUACGCAGUUCAUGGAUGAGGCUGAUAUAUUGGCUGAUAGGAAAGUGUUUAUGUCCAAUGGGCAGUUGAAGUGUGCAGGUUCUUCUCUGUUUCUGAAGAGGAAAUGGGGAAUUGGAUAUCACUUAAGUUUGCACAAGAAAGAAAAUUGUGACUCAGAAACAAUAACAUCUCUUGUUAAACAUCAUAUUCCUGAUGCUAAAUUAAAAGAAGAAAGUGAAGGAAAGCUUGUGUAUACAUUGCCCUUGGAAAGGACAGAUAAAUUUCCAGACCUUUGCAGAGAUAUUGAUAGUUAUAAUGGCCAAGGCAUUGUGCAUUAUGGUGUUUCCAUGACAACUCUGAAUGAAGUAUUCCUAAAACUAGAAGGAAAAACAACGGAUGAAACAGAUUUUGGGAGUUGGUUACAGGCUCAAACAGAAGUGACAAGAAACACUGAAAGCGUUGUUGAACUUGACCAGGCUCUCUCUUCACUUCCUGGAAAGAAGAAGGUGCCACUCAAUCGCAUGGCUCUGUGGAGACAACAAGUCUGUGCAAUAGCAAGGCUUCGAUUCUUAAAACUAAAACGUGAUAGAAAAACUGUUCUUACCAUAUUACUGCUGCUUGGAGUAAUUUUUAUACCUAACCUUUUUGAAAUGAUACUGAGUAAAAUAUUUCAUCAAGAGACUUCUUGGGGACUUUCACCUGAAACAUAUUUCCUCUCUCCUGGACAAAUCCCACAAAUUCCACUUACGAGCCUUUUGAUCAUCAAUAAGACAGGGUCAAGCAUUGAAGAUUUUAUAGAUUCUUUAAAGCACCAAAACAUAGUUCUGGAAGUAAAGGAUUUUGCAAGUAAAAAUGACACAGAUGAUCUAUUAUACAAUGGAGCCAUUAUUGUAUCAGGUACAAAAAAGGAUUAUGGGUUUUCAGUUGUAUGUAACACGAAGAGACUGAAUUGUUUUCCUGUGCUUGUGGACAUCAUUAGUAAUGGACUACUUAAAAUGUUUAAUUCCUCAAAGCAGAUUCAAACUGAGAGAAGCUCAUUUUCUCAUAAUUCUGGACAUUUGGGGUUUGCAGUUUUUAACAGCGAUUUGUUGUGGAUAUUGAUUGCCACCAGCAUUUCUCCUUACAUUGCAAUGAGCAGUAUGCACGAUUACAAAAUAAAAGCUCAUUCCCAACUGAGGAUUUCAGGACUCUACUCAUCUGCAUAUUGGUGUGGGCAGGCCCUGGUAGAUGUCCCAGUGUGCUUUUUGAUUUUCCUUUUAACACUUAUAUUUAUGUAUAUUUUAAACUUCAGAAUAAUACCAGAUUUUUUGUGUGGCCCCAACAUCAUAUUUGCUAAGAUCCUGUCAGGCAUUGGUUAUGCAGCAUCUAUUACCUCUUUCAUGUAUAUAAUUUCAUUCAUCUUUCGAAAGGGAAAAAAAAAUAGCAACCUUUGGUUUCUUUGCUUCUUUACUGUUUCAAUGAUAUUGAUAGACAUUGCUAUAUACAAUCACAGAUUUUCCUAUGUGCUUCCAUGCAUAAUAUUAAUUCCUUCCUUUACACUGGUUGGAAUUAUUGAACUUCUUGGAGAGUACUACUAUUAUAACCAGAUAAGCCCCGAAGAUAAUGACAGUGAAUUUAGUAAAAAUAUAUUCUUCAUAAUUCUCAUACCUUAUCUCCAGUGUAUCAUUUUUGUUUUUGCUCUACGGUAUCUGGAAAAAAGAAACUAUGGAAAAAAAUCAGUAAGAAUGGACCCUAUAUUCAGAAUUUUUCCAUCAAAUAAAGAUGCAGGACCCAACCCUGAAGAACCAGAAGGUGAAGAUGAGGACAUUCAGGAAGAAAGAGAAAAAACAGCAAAUGCAUUGACUGCUUCAAACCUUGAUGAGAAACCCGUCAUUAUUGCUAGCUGUCUACGCAAGGAAUACGAAAGCAAGAAGAAAAGUUGCUUUGCAAAGAAAAAGAGGAAACUGGCUACAAGAAAUAUCUCUUUCUGUGUUAAAAAAGGUGAGAUCCUGGGGCUCCUAGGACACAAUGGAGCUGGCAAAAGUACAGUAAUUAGGAUGGUAACUGGAGACCUGAAACCAACUGCAGGAAAGGUGGUGUUGAAAAGGAGCAAUACCCCCACGAGUCAACAAGAAGAGGACAUCCUUGGCUACUGUGCUCAGGAAAACUCUCUGUGGCAAAACAUCACAAUGAGAGAACACCUGGAAGUGUAUGCUGCUGUGAAAGGGAUGGAUAAAGAAAAUGCCACAGUUACAAUUUCACGAUUAGCAGAUGCUCUCAAGCUUCAGGAGUACAUGAAAUUUCCAGUCAAGAAAUUGCCAACAGGCAUAAAACAAAAGUUGUGUUUUGCACUGAGUAUUCUGGGAAAUCCUGCCAUAGUACUUCUAGAUGAACCAUCCACUGGAAUGGACCCAGAAGGUCAGCAGCAAAUAUGGCAGACUAUUCGAACAAUCUUUAAGAAGAAGGAAAGUGGUGCUAUUCUGACUACACAUUAUAUGGCAGAGGCUGAGGCUGUGUGUGACCGAGUGGCCAUCAUGGUGUCAGGACAACUACGAUGUAUUGGUUCUAUCCAACAUCUGAAAAGCAAAUUUGGCAAGAAUUAUUUACUAGAAAUAAAAGUGAAAGAACCUGGGCAAAUAAAUCCCCUACAUGAUGAGAUUCUGAAGCUUUUUCCAAGAGCAGCUCGGCAAGAAAGGUAUUCCUCUUUGAUGGUUUAUAAAUUGCCUAUGGAAGAUGUUCAACCUCUGUCUCAAGCCUUUUCUAAAUUGGAGGCAGCUAAAUGUGCCUUCAACCUGGAGGAAUACAGCCUCUCUCAGUCAACUUUGGAACAGGUCUUCCUAGAGUUGUCAAAGGAUCAGGAGCUGGGAGAUUAUGAAGAAGAACUGGAUGCAACAGUAAAAUGGAAACUCCUCCCACAGGAAGAGCCUUAAAGGCACAAACCUCCAAAACUCCCUUUAAGUUUGCUGGAAUCAUUUAUAAUCCUAUUAAUUUUCCUUAUUGAUCUUAUAUUUUUGUAACAGAAAUAAGUUAAUCAAAUCUUUUUGAAGCAUAUAUUGUUGCUAAGUAACUAAUUACAUUUAAAUUACCUUGCUUACUAUGGGAGGAAAAUGAGAAGACUGGGAUGAAGGCAGUAAAUAGCACUGGCCCAUGACUAGCUUCAGUUAAAUGUUCAGGGAUUUCCUCUGUAUUUGCAUGCCAUUCUAGGUGUAUUUCUAUAUUUUGUGAAAUCAAUAAACUAUAAAUAUGAUGGUA